UGACGGGCUCGCUUGCCCGUUACCAGGCAACAACUGGUAAGCCAGGGAACUCCGGGGCUAGUGGGUGCGAAUGUAGCACGCGUAGAGCGUAGAGUGUAGAGCGGUAGCAAUACGAGCAUUUGAGUACUUGCAAUCUCAUGUGACUGACAGACCGCAAAGAGCUGCCACAGCACCAGCUGUCAUUCAGAACAGACAGACACACACAGAGAAAGAGAGCGAGAGAAAGAGAGCGAGCGAGCGAGCGAGCGAGAGAGAGGGAGAGGAGAAAAUCACGGCCAAGUUGGGCCCAGAGCCAGACAAGAUAUUCAAGCAGCGCAGCUCGGUUAGUUAAGCGCGGUUUGGCAUUCGGUUGAGACCUCUGCUAUUAACGCAUCUUCACUUCGGAGUCGCUCGAUCGCCAUGUCCAAGUACACAAAGCUGGUCCGCGGCAUCUGCGAUCUACUGCUGUGGGUAGCCCUCAUGGGCGGAAUUCUGGCGCUGAUCAAGCUGGUGAAGCCCUUCAAGCGCGGCUUUUUCUGUGGCGAUGAGUCACUGGGCUAUCCGCUGAAGGAGAACACGAUUGGGGCGGCAUUGCUCAUAGGCGUGGCAGUGGCUGUGCCCACGUGCGUGAUCAUCGUAGUGGAGCUAUUCAAGCAGCUGCCCAGUCGGGAGGCGGGCGCACGCGAGAGGCGCGAUGGCUGUCGGCUGGUGCAUCGGAUGGCGCAGCUGUACAAGCAGGCUGGAUACUAUCUGUUUGGCCUGGCCAUGCUGACGUUCUCCACGCUACUCACCAAGCUGUGCAUUGGACGUCUGCGACCACAUUUCUAUGCCGUUUGCCAGCCGCUGCUGCCCGACGGCUCCACCUGCCACGAUGCACUGAACGAGGGACGCUACAUCGAUAGCUACACUUGCAGCAACCCCAACAUGACAGACUUUCACUUCGAUCAGCUGAACCAGUCGUUUCCCAGUGCUCACGCAAGCAUCAUGAUUUACUCAAUGCUCUACCUGGCCAUCUACCUGCAGGCGGCGCUCAGCACCCGCAUCUCCAAGCUGCUGAAGCACCUGCUGCAGUUUCUGUUCGUGAUGUUCGGCUGGUAUGUGUCGCUGACCAGGAUAACCGACUACUGGCAUCACUGGUCGGACGUUUUGGCUGGCGCGCUGUUCGGCGUCCUGUUCGCCUGGCUGACCAGCCUGUACGUGGCCGAUCUGUUCGCAUUCAAGCGCUGGAAUCGCACUGGCUACUCGGCCAACACGCUGAAGAAGAGCCAGGUGUCGCCCAAGAGCUCCACCAAGUCGCAGUCCAAUGCCGCCGCAGUUGCAGUUGCUGCUAGUGUCGUGCCACCUGCACUGCCUGCCUACACCUUUGGCACCCUGCCCUACCUAGCGGCUCAUCCGGCUCAAGCGCAAUAUGCCCAGACAUACCACAACUAUGGAUACGUGCCCUGAUCUGGUGGCAGCAGCAGCUUCGAUAGUGAGGCAAGCGCCAGCAGCAGUAGAGCAAAUCU